GCAGGCAGCUCUGCUCAGCAGCGCACCACAAAGUUGCAGAGCAUCUCUGAGUCCCCGCCUGCCCGCUUGGCUUCACUUGGUAUCUGUCACACCUGCAGCAGCCUCUGCCUCUCCUCCAAGACUUUCAGCCCGUUACUUUACCUCAACCUUUUUUCCCCCUGUCAACAGUUUGAGCGAUCAAAAGGUGCGUCUCGACUCGUCUCAAAGAUGCUGGCUUGUACGGAGAUGAUCACUAUGUGCCUGCAGUCGGCCAAACAGAAGCAUCUUCGGGCUCAGCAGCAACAGCAGCCGCUGCACACCGCCGGACAAGGGCUUACUAUCUUUCAUGAUAUUUUCCGCCGUGCAGACAAAAACGAUGAUGGCAAGCUGUCAUUUGAAGAGUUCAAUGCUUACUUUGCGGAUGGCAUCCUGACUACUGAGGAGCUACAGGAGCUUUUCUACUCCAUAGAUGGCCGACAAAAUAACAAUCUGGACACUGACAAGCUAUCAGAUUAUUUUUCUCAGCACCUGGGGGAGUAUCUCAAUGUACUUUCAGCUCUGGAGAGCCUGAAUGUUGCCAUUUUAAAGGCAAUGGAUAAAACUAAAGAGGAGUACCAGGGUUCCAGUGUGUUGGGCCAAUUUGUCACCAGGUUCAUGCUGAGAGAGACAUCCAGCCAGUUACUGUCUCUACAGAGGUCACUGCAGUGUGCCAUGGAGGCUGUGGAAGAACAGAGCAGCCCUGCCCCGAGAGAGGUAAAGGCACCGGAGCUGACAGCAGUACAGAGGAAUGGCAGGCGGUGCGGUCGCAAGGUCCAUAAUAGCCUGUGCAUGUCCCCAUCAGAUCCCUGUUCUGGCAUCCUGACCACAGGUGUGAGCAUGGACAAUGGUGAGAACUGGUGCUCUCAAAUCAACAGGCUGCAGCAAUUGCUGGACAAACUGGAGUGUCAGAACAUUCUGCUGGUGCAGAGGCAAAUGUUGGUGACCGAUGAAAAUCUGGACAACUUCCGGAAAGUUUUGAAGGGCUACAUUGAUGCCACCUCAGCCCACUCUGACAACCUGCAUGUGUCCGUUCAGAAGCUCCCGGGAAAGUCGUGUUACAUAAUGUAUGAGUUCUGGCAAGACCGCAUCUCCUGGAUGAGCUACCUGCAGUCCAAUGACAGUAAAGAUUUCCAGCGCUGCAUCAUUGACAUGUUGGAGGACGCUGAAGUAGUUUCUACUAUGUUGCUCCCAGCUUCCUGGUGGAUCAUGACUAACAACUAACAGCUGAAUCCAGAAUGUCACAUCUACUGCCUACACUGUCACACGGACAAAGACACGCUGGCGCAUCAACCCACCCACCCACAUGCACGCAUAAGUACAUAUGCAAACACAUGCACACAGAGGAAUUCAAAAGGCAUCCAUGUGUUUCAAAGCAACAGGAGACAGAGACAAUGGCAGCAUCCAGCAUUCUCCAGCAGCAUCUUUUAAUGUCCCUCUGUCUUCGACUGCUCAUUAUUGUGCCGCUUAUAUCAAAGGGGAUAGUUUCACCUUAUAGCCAGCCUUUAGACUUAAAAGUAACGAUUCUCUGCAAUGCAAAAGACAAGUUUUUUCUUUUCUUUUAAACUCACUUUAUAACUCUGCAGUGUUUGUCUGAUAUUAUGCCAGUGGAGAACAACCAAAAAGAUGCUAGUAUAGGCUACUAGAGCAAAUUGGAAUGAAAAUGACCCUGCCAGUAGUGUUUUGUGCUUUUGAUGAGUUGUUUACUGUUGAAUACAAUUAAAAAGGAGGAAAAAGCAGAGAGGAUGAGGAAGACUUGCUGCAGCCUAAACAUGCAUGCUGAUAACUGUGGCCAAGAGCUUUCAGUACUAGUUCCUUUAAAUCCUGGCUGUAUAUGCUGUAUGAUACUGUAACACUGUUUUUAUUUUAAUUAGCAAGCCAGAAAAAGCUAUUAUCAAAAAAGCUACACCUCCCCUGACAUAUCGCUAGUAUAUUAGUUAUAUCUCCUCAAUUUGAGACACGCUCUUUGUCUCAAAUGUAAAAGUAUUUCUGAAAACGUGCGUGACUAAGGGACUUAACACUUUGUGAGGCGAUUUCAUUGUAUCACUAAGUUAUGAAGAGAAAAUCUAUUUAAUGUAUUAUGUAUUUAUUUUGAUCAUGGUAGAGUUUAUUCCAUCUGUACAUAUGGAACUCAGAUAUAUUCAUAUUUCUGUUGUGUUUUGGUUGAGUAAUGUACACCAUCAACUGUAAACAAACUGAAUAGCAACUUUAAUAAAAUCAUUAAAACUAA